AUGCAGAGUCGUGAAUCCUCCUAUUCAAGGCGACUGGCAGAAAUAUACCGAGGGCAUUGCCGAUACGCACCACGCCGCCAGAUUGCCAUCGCUGCAUCGGUUCAAUGUUGCCGACAAGCUGUGCGCCAGCGCCUCCCCAACGUUAGUUUUCACUUCCUAAAUAUUCGGUACUAUUCGUCGGAAGAAGCAAAAAAUACAAAUGAUACUCUCACCGACGAACAAACGAUAUACCUCGCAUAUCGGCCUUUCACCCAACAUAACGGCAAAUUCUUUUCUCGAAAAACAGCUGCAAGUCUCAAGCACUUUGUCGUUACUCAUACAAAACCUGCUCAAGCUGUUGUUGACAGAGUGGGUGUUCUAGGAGUUGUUCGGAUCCUGAAAUCCCUGGUUGAUAAGGAAAUUUUCGCAUCUGAAGAGAAAGCCAAGAAAGAAUUUCCGACUCUGUUUGGUUUGCCUCCUGCUGAUUGUGCAGCCCCACCCCCCUCUGAUACGUCUGCCCUUGAUGUGGAUAAUAUACCCUCCGAGGAUGGAACUGAGGAAGAAAAAACAGAGACAAGCCAGAGCGAAGAGUCCAAUGGCGAGACCGUCCUAUCGCGGCGUAAGUACUCAGCAGUGAAUUAUCGCGUUUUUGAUUCGGCAUCUCCCAUGACGAUACCUGGUACGGAGACCUUGUCCCUCCACCCUACAUACCUUCCAUACCGCACCCAGCAUUUGAUCCUCUGCCGAGUACAGUCCAUAUUGGAGCAUACCUGCUUUGAAUUCGCCUCUAAAUGGGCUCCCCAGCUCAUGGGACACAGAGGAUGGGAGUGCCCUGAAGCUCUUGAGCUGAGCAGAUGGGUAGGGAAUCUUUACCCUUACUUUGAAAGGUUUCCUGAUAACGUGUGGGACUCUACAUAUAAACCUCAUAUUAACUCUAUAUUUGGCUCGUUAAUCGGGCUCCGAAAUGCUGCGGUUCAUCGGCAUCAUGUCAGUCUCCGAGCAAUGGAUGAGAUGAUUCGUAAUUCCAUACUCUUGAUGGGUAUGCUCCGCGAUCACGCCGCAGAAUACAAACUGACAGCACUGCAUCUGGGGUUAAAAAAAGUAACUAAGACUCAGAACACCCACGUGGAUUUCCUGGAACGUCAAUAUCUAGAGGAAUUGACUGAGAUACGAAGAUUACGCGAGGAGUUGCGCCAAAGAGAACAGAAGGCUUUCGAUGUCAUGAUGCAAGGAAGUAAAACAGUCCGAGAUCAGCUAGGAUCGGAGCUGGAGAUGUCCUUUGAGGCUCUCCUCAGCAAAGAUAUGGAAAUCGGCGAGCAGGAUUACAGCCUCCGUGACAUAUGUGGGGCCAGCCAGACUUCAGAAGACCCAUCAGUGUCAACACCAGAACCUCCAGUUUCCAUGGAUGAUUAUCUGUCCGCAAAAGCGGCGGUUGAAGAACCUUCCUGCGAAAUCGAAUCAGAGCAAUGCGACCCCAAGAGUAAAGCAUCAAUAGCAUCAAGCUCACCAACAGAAGAAUCGGAUUUGGAGAAACAGGAGGACCUCACGCUCGCCACACCUGAAAAUAGAGCUGACAACAUUCGCGAAAAGAUCGAUGCGACUCCGGUGCUUCUAGAGUCGCAGCCCACGGAGGAAUCAACGAAUAAGGAUAUAGAACCGACGCCCGAUGAGGCGUCUGACCGUAAAAGCCCUCCUAAAGUAGGAUGUCACAUUUUAUAG